GGGGAAGAAAAGAGAAUAUGGAGUAAAAAGAGGAAAUAUUGGAGAAGAAGAGAAAAUAUUGGGGAAGAAAAGAGAACGUGGAGGGAAAGGAUGAGAUAUUGGAGAAGAAGGGGAAAUAUUGGGGAAAAAGAAAAAAAAAUUGGAGAAGAAAAUAACGGAGAAGAAGAGGAAACGUUGGGGGAGAAAAGAGAAUAUAAAAGAAAAAGAGGAACUGUUGGAGAAGAAGAGAGGGAAGAUGGAGGCAGCGGUGCGGGGCGCAGGGCCGGCUCGGCAGUGUGGGCGCGUGCCAAGGGAGGAGGGCGGGGGGGGGCAGGGGGGGGCAGGGGCGGCCCCACAUCCCCAAUCCGCCGCCGCUGCCCCCGGUGCCCCCUGCCCGCCGCGGGCAUGCAGGGCAUGGAGCUGUGCGCCGUGGCCGUCGUCAUCCUCCUCUUCAUCGCUGUCCUGAAGCAGUUCGGCAUCCUGGAGCCCAUCUCUGUGGAAGGUGACACGCCGUCACCCCCAGCAGACAGCUGCGAUGCCGACGUGGAGCUCUCGGCUGCGCGGCACCAACCCGAGGCGCUGGAGCAGCUGCAGGCACACACCAAGUUCACCAAGAAGGAGCUGCAGUCCCUCUACCGCGGCUUCAAGAACGUGAGCGCAGUGGGUUGGGACCCCCUCCCUGCUUUUGGGGACACCCCCACUCCGGGGCUUCCCGUGGCCAUCGCUCUGUCCUCCCCCCAGGACUGUCCCAGCGGCCACGUGGACGAGGAGACCUUCACGCUCAUCUACGCGCAGUUCUUCCCGCAGGGAGAUUCCAGUGCCUACGCUCACUUCUUGUUCAACGCCUUCGAUGCGGACGGCAGUGGGGCACUGUGCUUCGAGGACUUUGUCAUCGGGCUGUCCGUCCUGCUGCGGGGCACAGCGCAGGAGAAGCUGAAGUGGGCUUUCAACCUCUACGACAUCAAUAAGGACGGCUGCAUCACCAAGGAGGAGAUGCUGGAGAUCAUGAAAUCCAUCUAUGAUAUGAUGGGACGCUGCACACUGCCUGCCCCGCGGGACAGCGCGCCCGCAGAGCACGUGGAGCAGUUCUUCCAGAAGAUGGACAGGAACAGGGAUGGCGUGGUGACCUACGAGGAGUUCUUGGAGACGUGCCAGCAGGAUGUGGACAUCAUGAGCUCCAUGCAGAUCUUCGAGAACACCAUUUAGAACACAGGGAUCCCAGGAUGGCCGUGGUGGGACACAGCAUGAGAGACGUUGAAAGUGAGGAGAAACCCUUAAAAGCGAGGAGAAAACCCUUAAUGAUGAGGAGAAGCCCUUAAUGAUGAGGAGAAGCCCUUAAGAAUGAGGCUGGCAUCACCUGCUUGCACACCGGACCCGCCCCCCCCCAGCGGUUCAUUUUGGGGCACAUCUCCCCCAAAAUGGGUCUUCAGCCCCAGGAGUGACCCAACACAACGUGGACAUUAUGGGAUGGAUGCGGCCCGGAUGGGUGGGGGCUGUUGUGGGGUGUGUGUGUGGGGGGGUUGUUGGGGAAGGCCCACUGUGGGCCUCGGGGAGGGCUGGGAGGCCGCAGAGCCCCGAGCCGUGGGGACCCCCCGCCCUUCCAUUGGAGCUGCUUUGUUUCCCCUAAAUAAAGCACCCGGCGAUGA